GUGGUUGGUUGAGUGUCAUUUUUGUCCAGUUUGUGUGUUUUUAUUAAGUUUUAGGGCAGUAAUGAAUAUAUUUUUUACUAAUAUUUUAGUGGAAGUAACAACAGUGACAAUAAUGCGUGCCGAACCUUUUAUACCUGACUAAUUGGCAUCUUUGAGUCAUCACGGAUUCUCCAGAGCGAGCAAUAGGUAGGGCCAGCGAUGGAGGUGGCAGCCCGCGCGCUCGACGUGCUGCCCCUGCUGCAGGAGCGGGUGGCGGCGCUGACGGGGGGCCGCGACCGCCGCGGGGGGCCCAUCAUAUGGUUCCCCGCCAACUCGCGCCGCGACCGCGUCGCCCCAGAUGACUACCGCCGCCUGCUGCACUAUUUAAUGAGUAUACCAUGUGAUUCUGUCAGAUCGCAUGGCUUCACGAUACUAAUUGACAUGCGAUAUGGUUCAGCUUGGGCUGCUGUAAAGCCCAUUCUAAAAGUUCUCCAAGAACACUUUUCCUCAUCCGUCCACCAGGCAUUGGUUGUCAAACCUGACAAUUUCUGGCAAAAGCAACGCACAACGAUAGGAGCUCAUAAGUACAAGUUUGAGACAACCAUGAUUAGCUUAGAGGCACUUCCCAAGGUGAUAGAUAGCUCACAAGUAACAACAGAUUUAGAUGGCACACUCCAAUAUGAUCACGCGCAGUGGAUCGAUUUGCGAUUGGCCUUAGAAGAGCUGGUGUGGCAAGCGGGCGAGCUGAUCGAUCGGCUGGACGACCUGCAGGAGGACGUGGCGCGCGCGGACUUCGCCGACGACGUGACGGGCGCGCGCCGCGCCAUCGACGCGCACGCAGACAUCAGCAAGCGGCUCGCCAAGGUGCCCGUGGAUGAACUAGAGGCGCAAGGCGAGCGCGUCCUCCAGCGCUUGGAGGCGGCGGAGGCAGCUUGCGCGGAGGCCAGCGGCAGCGGCGGCGAGGCGGCGUUCCACUGCGGCUCGCCGGGCGCCGUGCGUGCGCAGCUGGCCGGCGUGCGGUCUGCCCACGCGCACGCGCACAAACUGUGGCAGCACAAGAAGAUGCAGCUCGACCAGUGCUUCCAGCUGCGGCUGUUCGAGCAGGACUGCGAGAAGAUGCUCGAAUGGAUCGUAAACCAUCGCACGGCGUUUCUCGCUACCUACGUCGAGAUCGGAAGAUCCUGUGCAGCAGCUAAACGCCUUCAAGAAGAACACGCUAGGUUCGCCGCAGCGUGCACCGGCGGCGGGCGGCCCAGCGUGGCGCGUGUGACGACUGCUGCUCGACGCCUGGCCGACAAGCGCCACUACGCCGAAGCCCACAUCACGGCGCUUGCGCAUCGCCUCGAACGCGCUUACAAGCAGCUUUCCGCCGGCCUAGAGGAGCGCUCGGCAGUGCUGUCUCUGUCCGUGGUGUUCCACCACAAGGCCGAGGCGUACGCGUCAGCCGUGGGCGGGUGGGGCGCGCAGUGCGCGGUGGCGCUGCAGCUGGCCACGGGGCAGGGCGGCGCGCCGUGCGGCGACCCGCGCGCGCUCGAGCAGCACGCGCAGCGGCACCGCCAGCUUUACGAGCACAUGUGCCAGGCGUACACAGAGGUUCAUUCCACUAGUAAAAAGCUGCUAUACCAGCUUGAUCACCUAGUUCAAGUUUGCCAUCAAACCGACCCUGCGGAUAUGAGCGACGGGUCCGUAAGCACGGCAGGCAGUAGCGGCGGCGACCCGGCGGCGGAUUACAGCUCGGGCGCGAAUCAUGUGCUCGCCGUCAUACACCAGAUAUUAGGCCACCACCGGGCCUUAGAAGCGCGCUAUCACCAGGCCAGGCUCAAGCUGCACCAACGACUUGCGUUGCUUUUGUACAAAGAGGAUUGUAGGCAGGUUUUGGACUGGUUGGCGAAUCAUGGUGAAGUUUUCCUGCAGAAAAAUACAGGAAUAGGACGGAAUCUCCACAAGGCAAGAGUGUAUCAGAAAUCUCAUGAACAUUUCGAAAAUGUUGCUCAAAAUACGUACACGAACGCCGAGAAACUUCUGGCAGCAGCGGAGGAGUUGGCACGCUCAGGCGAAUGCGACCCCGAAGAAGUGCUGGGUGUUGCGAGAGAUUUGGAAGCGCACGUGGCAGCGUUCGCGGCGCGCGUCGACCGCCGGCGGAGAAGGCUCGACUUGGCCGUGCUGCUGUAUACUCACGAGAAAGAGCUCCUCCAAUGGCUUGAGACGCUUCGCAGCGGCGGCGGCGUGUGCGCAUCGGACGACACGCCCGAGGCGGCGCGGCGCGCGCUCGAGCAGUGCGCACAACACCGCGCCGCCAGCCUCGACGCCUGCGCCGCCACCAUCGCGCAGGGCGAGGCGCUACUGCAGGACUUACGAUCGUCGGGCGACUCAGAUGCGGCGAGCACAGCCGCCGUGGAGACGACGUUGGAGCGGCUGCGCGGCACCCGCGGCGCGCUCGAGGAGCUGUGGUCCGACCGCGAGCGCAGGCUUGAGCUCACGCUCCAGCUGAGGCACUUUGAACGCGACGCACUCGAGGUGUCCUCGCGCCUUGAGUUGUGGGGCGACGAGCUACAGCGCACGGAGCCGCCGCGCGACCCGCAGCAGGCCGAGCAGGCCCUCGCCGCGCACAACGAGAGCGUGGCCAGGAUGCAGCACGCCACCUACCAG